GAAUCUGGGACCUGGGUUUUCAUUUUUUCUUUGGGAUACUUAACUAAAUUAAUCAAAACAAUUGAAUGUACCAGUGGUAUGCCAGACGUCAAAGUCAACAUUAAACAGUGGCACAACCAUGAAAAAGCGUUCGGAAAAGAGUCGGGAAUUGGCUUGUCCCUACUGUAGGUGGGUAGCUCUGUUAAAAGUAACAAAAAAUUACAAGCAACAUUAUCUAAAACAUUUUAGUUAUAAAAUUGCAUCAAAACUAGAGCGGUCCACAUGAUGUCAAAUGUGGUUUUAUUCCUAUCUUAAAAUAUAGCUGGCCUUGUGUUACCAGAACUUUUCAAAGGUCUUCUCUAGAUCAGAGGUGAGGUUACUGAGAAAAACCCUUUAUGAUUAACUCACUUGGAUUGAUGCUGAAGCAGCACUAAUAGGCAGAGCUCUUCAAGCCCAUCGAGCCCAAGGGCAUUUCUGAAAUGGAAGCCACCACACUGCCAACCCUAUAAAAAUAAGAACUGUGGCAGAGGGAAGGAGUUACGGCAUUUUGGGACUUUUUGGUAGAGAUUGUUCUUCCUCCCCUCUCCCUUUGUUGAGGGAGUUAAUCCAAAGGCAACUGGUGCCAUUUGUGAGCUUUGUUAACCUGGAAUCACUCAAAGCAAAUUGCAGUCCCUGAGGAAAAAGACAGCUGCAGAAAAGGCUCAAAUCUGUGGGGCUGUGGGAAAUCAGUACCUGGAGAUCUUGGUUGUGUCUGUUUUCUCAGAGUUUGGUUUAACUCCUUUUGUGGCACAGAAAUAGAUUCAGACAGAAGAGAAAGGAUUAAUACCUGUGCCUUACCUACUAUUAUUUAGGAGAGGAUAUGCCUUCCUAGUGUGGACUGGUGGGAUGCCACCCCACCAGGAAUAACAUGAAACUUCCAAAGGAGAAGGGGGUGUAUCAUACAGCAGAGCAAUCCAGGCAUGGAACAAUAAAGGAGUACAAGAUUAAACCAACCACUUAACUGUACAUAAGUACCAAACCUACAUCCCUCUCAGAAAGACACAAAUACCUGCCAAUCACAUAAAGUAAAAACAUGCUCCCAAGUUCCCACAGCCAUAGUGCUGAGGACAAGCUGUGUUUGAAUGCCAAGGUAUGGAAACCCCGUUCCUGCCUGCACUGACAUUUUCCGUGUUUUACUCACACUGGGGUGUUUUCACUGCAGUUGACUGUAUCCAGCUGAAAGUGCCAGUCAUUCAGCAGCUCUACCACUGGGACUGUGGGCUGGCCUGCUCCAGGAUGGUGCUGCAGUAUCUGAAUCAUUUGGACAAUGACGAAUUUCAGAAGGCCAUCCAGGAACUCCAGUUAACAAAGAGUAUCUGGACUAUUGACCUGGCCUACCUAAUGCGGCACUUUGGUGUCAAGCAUAAGUUUUGCACCCAGACACUUGGAGUGGACAAGGGCUACAAAAAUCAGUCAUUUUACAGGAAGCACUUUGACACAGAAGAGAAUCGAGUGAAUCAGCUCUUUGCACAAGCCAAAGCCUGCAAGGUGCUGGUGGAGAAGUGCACAGUAACUGUUCAAGACAUUCAGAACCACCUGUCUCAAGGUCACGUAGCCAUUGUCCUAGUGAACGCUGUCCUGCUGUUGUGUGACCUUUGCUCAAGUCCUGUCAAAUACUGCUGCUUCCUCCCCAUUGGACAGAAGUGCUUCUGCAGGAAUCCUGACUACCAGGGCCAUUUCAUUGUGCUAUGUGGCUACAACAAAGCCUCAGGGACUAUUUACUACAACAACCCUGCCUAUGCUGACCGAACGUGCUGCACCAGCAUCAGUAACUUUGAGGAAGCCAGGACAAGUUAUGGCACUGAUGAAGAUAUUCUGUUCAUCUACACAGACAGCUGACGUCCACACUUGAUGCUCCUGGCCCUUUCCUGUGCAGCCUGCAUGGCAGCUGGCUGCUUGUCUCAGGACUGCCCCUGCAGAGACCUUGCUCCUGAACUGCAGUGGGAUCUUAAACAAGGGAGGCUUUAUAGACAUUGAUAGGACUAUAUUACAAUGCUGUCUUUACCUUUUUUUCCUCAUGAUGUAUCUAAUUUUGCAUUGUAUGUCUGGUUUUUGUGUUUGGUUGGGUUUUGUUUGUUGUUGGGGGUUUUUUUCCUCAACAUUGCACAUUUGACAGCAGUUUUAAAAUAUGGCCCCAGAGCCUGAUUCACUCUGAGUUUGUUUUCAAAUUAAGCACAUGAGAAAAAAAGCAGCACCAAAUUUAUGAACUUUAACACUUAGUAAUACAUGCAUAGGUUUAGCUAAACAGAAACAGGAGGGGAAAAAAGCAGAAUACCUGUUUCUCUGUCAAAGCAUCAAGGGCUGAUCUUCAUCCAAAAUCUAGGGAUUUGAGGCUCAGCAGGGUGUUAUGGAAGGAAAAAAUAUUAACUUAAAACCACUAUUAAAUUACAAAAAAAACCACCUUGCUGGCUCAUCAGGUCUGUAUUGUAGGAAUGAAACACAUUUAUCCAAAUUCACCUUACACAAAUACAGCAUUUAUGCCACUGCAUUUGGUUUUGAAUUAAUAGUUAUUAAUGUUGUUCCCUCGUCCCACAAACUUAAUCUCUUUUGUCUAAAUCCUCUAGGAUGACUGCUCAGAGCUCUGUGUUGCCCUAGAAGUGAAGAUAUUUUAUUUGUACCUAUAAGUCUUGCUUUUUGCCAAAACCUCUGAGCAUUAUGCCACCCCCAUGUGCCAGGUUCUGCAGAAGCCAUUCCAAAUAUAAACUUUAAACUUCAGCCAGUGCAGAAAAUAAGCAUCUACACUAAUGGCAUGCAUUUUGUGGGUAACUGUAAAUAUCUGACAGUGUAUAUUGGAUUAUAACUAAAAUGCUGAAUCAUUAUUUGAGCCAAAUUUUGCCACUGGUAUUAGUUCAGAGACCUAAGAAGAGCUGAAAUCAAUUAAGAAGAGGGAAUACAAGUAAAAAGGCAGGAACUCAUUUUCUAGCUCUUAUGCUACAGUAUAUACAUAUUGGGCUUAAACCAGAGUUACUGUAUUCAGCCAUCAAGUGAAACUGUUAGCGGCCUAUUAAUUCUUUCAUGGUUUACAUGGAUUUAAUCACUUUGCUGAGGAGUGCUCCAAAGUGUAAGGAAUAGCCACUUACUUCAGAUUUCAUCCGUCACAAUUUCCUACAAGUCCUGAUCUCCAGUCCUGUCUGGGUGGAAGU